AUGAGAGCGCCUCCAACGGAAACUCAAAAAGUGCAACAUUUCAAGAAUUAUUUGGGUUAUGUUCCCUGUUAUUACCUUGAGCCAUUUGGACAUGUACCUUCGUUCCUUGUGCGUGCUGCAGCCAUUAUUGAACAGAAUAUUUUUGUGGAAGGAAUCUUUAGAAAAUCUGGAUCUUUGAGUCGGCAAAAAAAAGUUGAAGAAGAAAUUGAAAAUGAAUGUGAUGUAUCAUCAGCAAAUGUGUUUGACAUUACCAGCCUCAUCAAGCAGUUUUUUCGUGAAUUGCGUGAACCAUUACUGACCAAUUUAUACCGUGACUCAUUUCUCAAAUGCCUGCAGAUUUGGAACAACACUAGUAAUAGCAGUGAUGUUCUAAAAUCCGAUGAAUGCCCUGUAGUGAAACUUUGUCUCUUGCUUCCUCCAGAACAUCUCAGUACUUUGCGUUUCACCAUGAACUUGUUUUCCAAAAUUGCUGCUGCUUCUGGUCAGAAUAAAAUGAAUGUGAGAAAUUUGUCCCUUGUCAUGGCACCUAGUAUCAUGCAUAGUUAUAACAAAGGAGACAAGAUAACAGAUGUGGAGGAGAAGUUAUUGCCGUUGCAGAUGUCACUGAUGGAGCUUUUGAUUUCUAAAGAGAAGAAUAUUGGCCUGAUUUCCAAUGCUCUAUAUGAACGGGCAGAAACAAUGACAGCAUGCUUUGGUAAUGUCAUGGAACCAGACAGUGCCAAUAUUAAAGUGGCUGCUAGUGGACACAAAAAAAAGGAAAGGCGAAGUGGUUCACUUCAGGGUUUUGUGAGCACAAUUGCUCAGAGCAUCACACGUUGGCAUCGUAGUGGUAAUAAUAGUUACAGCAGAUCCAGUAUAACUCGCAGUUCUCCAGAUCUUACUAAAGUUUCAGAUGCAUCUUCUACUGAUAAGCCUGUCCAGCUUACUCCAGUUAUUCUUGGGAAAAGAAAAGCUCCAAAAGAAAUGGCUACUUCAGGAUUGUCUGCAUCAAAACGGAAAGCUGGUAUCAUUGGUCAGCAACAUUUGUUGCCCAACACACCUUCAAGGAAGUUGACUUCAAGAAUGCAAGAUGACUCAAACCAGUACGAUUUGAAAGCAAACCUGUUGCCAAACACACCUGACAGAAACAAAACAUCGCCAUCAAAGAAAACGAAACGGAAGCCCUUUUUCCAAGUACUUUGUGCUUCCAAAAGCUCCAAAAAAAUUGAAGAAGUUAAGAAUCUUGGGACAAAAUUGAAAGAACCCAGUAUUCAAGAAUUUGGCCUUUGUAGAGAAGCAGUUGGUAAUGGAAAAGGCAGCCGACGGCGUAAAAGAAGUGCCAGCCCAUUCCAUAGAAAACUAGGAAUCAUCAAGCACGCCGUUCCAGUACUGGCAGUUGCUAUAGUCCACAUCCAGCAGCUGCCGUGUCUGUUUCUAUAG